GUCGAGCAAAGAACGGUUCCAAAAGUUGUCAGUCAAGUCAGGUCCGUAGCGUGAACAAGUCACCCGUGCAUCCAGCAGAGCGAGUGGAUAGGAUAGAAUAAGAGUAAUCAUAAAAACAAAACAUAGAAAAAAAAAUUAUUUAAAAUAAAAAAGAAUGAGGCAGAAUUGGAAAUCGAGACAGAUUUAAAAUUGGAGAUCAGAUCCUUUUUCAACCGGGUGAGUCUUCUUCUCGAAUGAAUUGUUCUACUCCUUGAGCCUACCCUGGAGUAAUCCUGUCCCUCAUUUUCGGUGCCUUAUUAUCCGUGGGGACUUCUCACUCUGCCUGUCUUGCCUGCCUGACCUGCCUUAAUACUUCCUCCGCCGGCGCAUCCACAUUCAUUAAUUCUCCCACUCUUUUCUCGCUCUCCCUCCCUUAUUGUCCCCCUCUGAAGUGAUCACACGCUCGUUCUAAAUCACAAGGGGCCCCCUUCUUUCUCUCUUUCACUCCCUCUCUUUGAUCCAUUUCGUUCAGCUCCAACCCUUGGUUCGGUUGACCCUCUCCUUCAUUCUUUUGGAGAAGCUCCGGUCCCUCGUGGUCUCGUUUUGGAUUCUAUUACGAGUUAUCGCGCACGAUAUCUCCCGCCUGGCCUCGAAGCGACACAGUACAUAUUUUCUAUGACCUUCCCCGGAAUUUUGAGUCUUAGCGCCAUUCUUUCGCAGUCCUCGAUCGCUCACUGAAGCGCCCGGCCUCUCGCUACUCUUUCUGACUCGACAAUCGUGGUGAAUCGACGGAAACUCGACUCGGUAAUUAGACAGUGAACAGGAGGGGCGCAAACCCGGUCCACAGUUAAUAAACAGUCGUCGGACCUCAGCCGGAUAAAGAAUCCCGACCAGCGCGCUCCCGCUCUGAGCCGCUCAACGACUUUUCUUUUUCAACAGCUAUAAAUCAUAUCGCCUUGAUUUGAAUAAUGGCGUACCCUCAACGACCUGCGCAGAGGCCACCGCCGAUGAGAAACUACGGGGGCGGCGGCCCCCCUCCUCGGGGCGGGGGCUUUCAAGGCCCCCCGCAGGAUGGAUACUUUGAUCAAGAGGCUUACGAUUAUGGCUAUGACAACCCAAAACAGCGAUACGACAAUGGAGGAUAUGAUAAUGCAGGAUAUGGACACCCUGGUGACCAGGCGGCAGUCCCAAGAUCAUAUGGACCUCCGAGAGGGGCGCCGCGACCUCCUCGGGGAGGACAUGGUCCUCCUAUGCAGCCGCCGCCGGAUCGCAGCUACGCCUAUGGUGGACGAUCGGCGCCAAAUGGAUAUGACGACCGUCGCGGCUAUGGUGAUAGGGGACCGCCGCGGUCAGAUCGAAUGAGACCACGUGAGUGACAGAUUUGGGGUUGAAUUGCAUGCAUCGGUCGUUAACAUAUGGCAAUAGCUCCGCGUCAGGUCCCGCAAUCCCCGGAUAAGAUGGGAUACGAUAACCCGUUUCCAAUGUUUCCACCAAAAGAGCCAUCCCGUGGUCGGGCCGACUCUCAAGGCCGAAUUGAGAGGGGUAUGGCUGGGAUGGAUCUCAACGGCAUGCCGCCGGUGAAGCCGCCAGUCCGCCCGCAUACUUCUAAUGGAAGACGGCCGGAUGUUUCCGCUCGUCCACCCAUGCCCAUGCCCCCACCGCCUGGUCGUGGGAGAGGAAACGCUCCUGGACCACCGAUGCGAUCGGCCAGCGCCGGACGCCAUGUAGCAGCACCCCUUGAACGGUCCUAUACUGACGCCAGCGAGCCGCCGCCGCCGAUUCCUCAAAUCAACAGGAGCGCGACUAUGCCGGUUACUUCGGCCCCAACUCCGCCACCAGUUUCUAAACCCUUAUACCCUGGACAGACGACAUACCAGGAGCCGAGUUACGCCGCAUUCCGAUACACCCGCGAGUAUAGCACGGAGGAACUAUUAGAUGUCUACUACAACUCGGCACACGCGGCUGAGCCCGACAUGCCCAAUUUUGAUGCGAUACCCGAAAACGGCAACGGCGGCUUGAUCGACGAGAGUUUGCCUGGGUUGGAGCAACCAAAGCCGAAGAAGGCUCCGAUCGAAUCACCGCCCCCGUCGAGAGGGCAAUAUACUGCCUUCAACCCGCAGGCUGCGCAGCUUCAUCAUGCCAAGUCCCAGCCAGACAUGCGAUCGGGCAAUGCGCCCAAUCAAUUUGAAAACGCCGGCUUUCAUUUCGAUCUUCCCGGGGAACCACCGUCAUCUCCGGGCUACUCUCCCGCGUACUCCCCUGGAUAUCGCCACGACAGUAUGGGUUUUGGAAUCGGCGACAACCCCUAUAACGAUCCGACGCCGGCAACGUACCGUGUCAGCCAAGAUAGUCGCACCCAGUCUAUAACAUCGUACUCCGAAAGGCGGCCGAGCUUCGCUGCCCGAGAAGGUUCCAUUCGCAGUAAUGGGCCUCCCAAACCCUACCGGGCCAACCAAUCCGGCUAUGUCAACAACCCACCCCCGCCCGUGAACGAGAUUGAGCCAGCCAUGGAUCCUGAACAAAACCCUGAUGCGCUGCCUCAUCAUCCAGCGCCUUUCCGACCGGGCCUGAAUGGCUCAGGAAGCAAGCCUGCACCCAUGCGCCAGUAUAAUCCCAGCGUGCCAGUCUCGGGGCCGGUCCCGACUCCCCCGCCCGCACCUGCAUCGGCACCUCCGGCUUUACAAGGCCCCCCGACGGAGAUGACCGUCCCUCAACCAGUAACCCCCCAGGAAAUCCAAAGGCUGCAACAGAUCGUCAAGAGCCGUCCGUCGGACCAGAGCACACAACUUCUAUUGGCCAAGAAAUUGGUCGAGGCCUCGACGGUUCUGGUUGAAGCCAGUCGAAUGGACCCGAAAACAAAAGCCAAGGCUAGGGAGAAAUACAUCAAUGAUGCGUACAAAAUCAUCAAGAAACUUGUUGCCGCCGGGAAUGGCGAGGCUCAAUUCUUCUUAGCAGAUGCCUACGGCCAAGGCCUAAUGGGUCUCCAAGUUGAUAACAAAGAGGCGUUCAACCUGUACCAUUCCGCUGCGAAACAGGGUCACGGUCAGUCCGCAUACAGAGUGGCCGUGUGUUGUGAAAUUGGCGCGGAAGAAGGUGGCGGUACCAAGCGUGAUCCUUUCAAAGCGGUCCAAUGGUACAAACGGGCUGCUUCUCUUGGUGAUCCCCCGGCCAUGUACAAGAUGGGUAUGAUCCUGCUCAAAGGACUCUUGGGGCAGGCGAAGAACCCUCGAGAGGGUAUUUCCUGGUUGAAGCGCGCCGCCGAGCGUGCCGACGUGGAGAACCCACAUGCCCUCCAUGAACUGGCUUUGCUGUAUGUGAACGCUGGCACCAAUGAUGUUGUCAUUCGCGACGAGGGCUACGCCUGUCAACUUUUCCACCAGGCCGCAGAGCUGGGAUACAAGUUCUCUCAGAACCGACUGGGUACUGCCUACGAGUACGGACUGAUGGGAUGCCCGGUCGAUCCCCGACAGAGUAUUAUCUGGUAUACGAGCGCGGCUGCUCAAGGGGAGCACCAGAGUGAGCUUGCCCUUAGUGGAUGGUAUCUUACCGGCUCCGAGGGUAUCCUGCAGCAGAGCGACACCGAGGCGUUCCUGUGGGCGCGGAAGGCCGCCUCUGCGGGACUUGCGAAAGCCGAAUAUGCGAUGGGAUAUUUCACCGAAGUGGGUAUCGGUACGACCUCCAAUCUCGACGAUGCCAAGCGAUGGUAUUGGCGGGCAGCUGCCCAAGGAUUCCCUAAGGCUCGCGAGCGUCUCGAGGAGCUUAAGAAAGGCGGCGCUCGAAUGCAAAAAACCCGUCUUUCGCGGUCUGCCGUUAACCAACAAAAACAGAAUGACGGGGACUGUGUUAUUAUGUGAUUUGCAUAAUUUCACUUCCUUGAUCCUGUGAUAUUACUUUGCCUCUUUUUUCUUUCUUUUCCUGUCUACCAGCGUUGAUGAGCCGCCACGUGCGGAUGCAUACACCUUUUAUGAGGCUAUCUGCCUAAUGAGACCAAAAUUUGGUCUAAAAUGUUCCUCUGAUGCCAUAGAGCUUUGUUUAGAAGAAUUUUCCACUUUAUCUUACACCUCAUGUACAUUUCGUUGUGAUUCCCCUCGAUGUCAUUCCCCAGAAGUUACGAAAAGCAAAUCCGAGCAUAGACCCGGCGUCGCAUUAGAUGGGACAUAGAUCGGGCCGGUUAUUGGAUACAUUAUUCGCUGUAUUUAUUUAAUAUUAAUGAUAUACCACCUU